AGCUCUAGGUCCCCGACUCGCUGCUUGCGCCCACGACAUCGCACGACGACGUACGACAUUACUCGGGGUGGCGUCGAACAGAAAACGUUUUACCCCUUGCUCUCUCCUGCAUCCUCGGCCAUACUCUGUCGUGGAAUAGCCCCGUGGCACACUCUCGACCACGUGGAGUGCACACUGUGAACUACGUAGCAGCCGUUGAGUAGAAACGGUUCCCCCCCCGCGAAAAUGGCUGGCGAUGCGGCUGCAGACCACCAAUCAGACCCGCAGCCCGCCAACAGCCCAGAUGCCACAGACGUCCAAGAAGACUAUCUACAGCCAGGCCCUGAGCCAUCAGACGAUGGCUUCAGCGAUGCGGGCUACGGCGACAGCUCAGAUAGAAGUUCGCUGACCUCUGUGUCAUCACACUUGCUACGCGGUGUAUCAGAAAAUGGACGAACAUACGCCGCAUACGGCAAGGAAGAGUAUGGCAUGCCGAUGGACGAGCGCGAGAUGGAUCGCAUUGACAUGUCACAUGCCAAGUACUACAUGCUGCUCGACAAGAAGCGCUUCCUGGCGCCGAUACCUGAAGACACGCAGAGGAUCCUCGACCUGGGCACGGGCACGGGGAUCUGGUGUAUCGACGUGGCCGACGAGUAUCCCGCCGCCGAAGUAAUCGGCGUCGACAUCGCCCCGAUCCAGCCGCAAUGGGUGCCGCCAAACUGCCACUUCGAACUCGACGACAUCGAGGCAGACUGGACAUGGCGCGCCCAAUCCUUCGACUUCAUCCACCAACGCGACCUCCUCUUCGCCAUCCACGAUUUCCCCAAACUCAUCCGCCAGUCCUACCACCACCUCAAGCCCGGCGGCUGGAUCGAGUUCCAGUCCAUCCACGGCGUGCUCGGCUGCGACGACGACUCGCUCCCGCCCGACAGCCACUUCCGCCGGUAUGACAGCCUGAUCCGCGCCGCUGCCCGGCACGUCAAGACCCCGCUCGAGGACCCGGCCAUGUUCAAGCGGUGGAUGGAGGAGGCCGGGUUCGAGGCGGUGGUCGAGCGCCGGUUCAAGAUCCCGAGUAACCCCUGGCCCAAGGACGGGAAGUAUAAGCUGAUUGGCAUGUUCGAGAUGGAGAACUUUCUCAACGGGCUGGAGGGCAUGAGUCUGCGGCUGUUUCAGAAGGGUCUGGGCUGGAGUGCCCAGGAGACGAGUGUGUUUCUGGCCGGCGUGCGCAAGGAGAUUCAGAACUUGCGCUAUCACCCGUACUACCCCUUUUAUGUCGUCUACGGCCGCAAACCACUAAAUGCAUCAUGAUCAUGACGAUAUCGCUGAGGAUGACGAUGAAUGAAUAAACGAAGCAAGCAGCGCAUCGCAGCGCAUCCGGCGUUAAUUAGUGGAAUAAGCGGCUU